AUGUCCAUUCAGUCGAGGGAUUUGGAACAAGUCAUGGAGAAUGGUAAGUGCUAACGACGUCAUGGUUCCCGGCCGACCUGGGUGGUAGCGACUCCUUGCGGCACUCGGACCCACGCCCGGCCGCCGGCUCGCAGUCGCGUUGACGCGCACACUUUCAUCAUGUCAUCAUCCUCAUCGCCAUCAUCCACAGACUUCGUUUUGGAAUGGUCCUCUCAGCGAACUUCUGCCGGCUAUGUGUGCCGGUACUGUGGUGGCGAGCGCAUGUGGUAUCGUCGCGCCGUUCGGCACGGCGCCACGACCAAGAAGCACCUUGACGCGUACAACAGUCGAGCCGCUGUCAAUUGGGCCAACCGAUUACUGUAACCCACGCCUCAGGCGCCCUCGAGCAGCGACGAGGCCGACUUGGUCGAUUUCAAUGAAAAUCCGGCAGAGACCGGAACAGUAGGCCACUCUCUGCUUGCUGUCGCUGGCGAGAUCAUCAAGUCGUCUGAACGCGUGCCUGCUUCCAGUCCGUCCCCGCCAAGUGAUCAGGAGGAUUCCGCUCUCGACCACGCCCUCUUCGUUUCAGAAGGCAAUUGCUCGCCCUAUUCCCAGGGCACUGGCUCCAAGUCCGACAGCGAGGUCGAGAUCGAUGGCGAGGCGGAGGAAGAAGAGUCGGAUGACCGGGUGCAGACUUGGGCCACUGCGGGCUCCACCAGUGAGUGGGGACGAGCACUGAUGCAGUGCCCCUCAUGAACUUCCCACCAACGCAAGUAUUGCCCAACUUGUUGUCUGUAGCUGUGUUGACAGGCACCCCCGCGAUGCGGACACGGCUGAGCGUGCGCAACUACACAAGCGUGCCCGAUUCGUCGCAUCCCUGGUAUCCCUUCCCCAGUCAGAACGUGCGCCGAUCUACUCUCGUUGCUCCGGAAUCACGCGACGGCCAGGAGCUGACCCCCUUGUGAACAUAGCUGAUGAUCAUCGUCGUGUUUCUCAGAUCCCACAGAUCCCACAAACGCCGGGUCGGCGUGCAAGAGCUGGACGACAAGCUUGCAUUCGCCAAGGCCUUCGGCGUGCAGGGUCUUCCUGCGGCGUCUUCCGUCAAAAAGUUUCUGGCCAACUUGGAAAAAGAGAUUCCGCUCUUCAAGCCCCGCCAGUAUACGAAGGAGGACUCACGGACGCUCCCUUCACGUGGUGUCGCCUCGCGAUUACAUCGCUGCGGUAGGUCCCUGCGAUUCUGUGUCAAUGGUCGAAUGCCUUUGACUGAACCGUUUCCGGCACAGCAAUUUGCAACGCCUUCAUUGACCCCUCUCGUGCGAAGCGCGGAGGAGAAUCCAAGACGCGCUCGAGUGGAUGAAGAUGGUCGAAAAGAAGUGCGUAGUCGACGAAUUUUACAUCAGCAAGGCUAAGGAAGCACUUUUAAACCUGCCGUGGCACGAGUUACCGUGCGUGCCAGCCUCAGUGGGCAACUUGAACGAGCUCAGCUGGGCAUAAGCGACUUGUGAACUUGCUCAGUAAGUUCACCCUUCUCACGCCCACUCUUACUCAUCUGAUGUUCAACGUUUGCUUGGACAAUAUCAGUUGGAAUUGUGGCUUAGCCGACUGGGCAAGGCACGACUGCGUCGGGAUCGCGAGCACCGCCCAGUUCAUCAGGGCACACCCCGACUCGGUCUGGUUUUUGCCAAUCUGUGACGAAAAUCACUGGUUCCUGGGAAGGAUUGCUGUGAAACAUGGAGCCUGGUCCAUACACAUUCACUUUCCUCAAGGAAGCUCACGGUCGCCGCUCUAACUUACGCUCUGGACGCACAAGUUUUCAAAGUACUUAGUCUCAACAUCGAUGUGAAUCACGGUACGACGACAAGGGCACCUUAACAACAAGAUACCUUCUCGUGCGGUCCUGCCAUUGUGAAUGUCGUCGAACACGAACUCGUACACGAGAAGGCGUUUGAUCCAACGCACGCGGCUCUAUCGCGAAUCCGUCAAUUUUGCCGCGCUGUCGACAUGAUCGAGGCCCAGGAGCCAAAGAUGCCCAACUUGAAGAGCACACAAAAACCACUCAUGACGAUCGUGAUCCAAUGA